AUGACUUCGCUGCUCCUGCUCCUCGUCCUGCCAGCCCUGGCGCUCUCGGCGACGCCCAAGUGCCCCUCGCCGCCCUCCUUCCCCUCGCACUUCACCCUCACGCACCGCCUCCCGCUCGCCGCCGUCCCGCGCGCCCGCCGCUACCUCUCCGCCCCGCACGUCUUCCGCCUGCUCUUCGCCGACUCCGUCGUCCGCGUCCGCGCCCUCAACCGCACCCACUACCGCCUGCUCGACAUCCACGCCCACCCGCUCGUCGUCUCGCUCCACCGCCGCGGCCCCGCCGCACACCUCCGCUUCGCCGCACACCACCCCCGCUGCUUCCCCGUUCCGCUCCACAGCGCAAGCCUCGACCUGAGCCUGCUCCCGCGCGCCCGCUUCCGCAUCGCCUUUCGCGCACCGCACAUCAACCGCCCACGCCCACGCCGCGCACGCAACCUCUACGCCCGCGCCCGCGUCGAGCAGAUGCUCGCACACGUCCACGCUGUCCUCGGCUCCCGCCGAUGCUCGGCUACCCUCCCGCAUAUCUCCGCCCUGUGUAACAACUUGAGAUUCCCCCACUACGGCAUGGCGAGAGUCCCGCAGCUCGCCCAUCCGAAACGCGGCAAGCUCACACUGAGACACCGCCUCCCCAACCCAAGGCUCGUGUCCAACGCGCUUUGUAAGGACGUUUCUCAUGCGCAUGCCCCGAGACGACUCAACUUUCUCAUGGUCGUGUUUGGCCAGUUUUUGGAUCACGACAUCGUCCUCACGCCAAGUGGGGAGCACCAGAAGAGGCACGCCCCAUUUUCAGCGCUUAACAAGCGCACUGCAAGACAGCGCAUGUCGUUUUUGCGCUCCGAUAUUCUCGCCUUGCCCAAGUGUUGUGAUAAGGACUAUGCCAUAGUCACCACCAAGCACAAGGGCACAAGCCCUUUUAAUCAGAUCACCGCCUUUGUUGAUGCCAGCGGCAUUUAUGGUUCUACCCCGCUUCGCAUGCGUGCUCUCCGCUCGUUUAAGCAUGGCAAGCUCAUCAUGAGCCGAUACAAGGGGCACCUAUUGUUGCCGCGAAACUCGAAACGACACUUGUUCUAUACCCUCGACAAUGCCAACAGGCCAAACGACCCGGCUCUGUUUGCGGCUGGCGAUGUCCGAGCGAACGAAAAUCCGGUGUUAACAUCGCUUCACACUAUUUUCGUUCGGGAGCACAAUCGGGUCUGCAAUCUUCUCGUCGCCGCUCUUAGCGAUCAAAACAAACCGCUGCAAACAGAUGAGUGGCUGUUUCAACAGGCUCGCAAAGUUGUCAUGGCCGAACUGCAAAAUAUAGUCUACAACGAAUUUCUCCCGGCCGUGCUCGGGGAAUCCGCCUUGCCAGAGUACACAGGAUAUGACCCAAAGGUAGAUGCUACUAUGAAUCUGCUGUUUACCACGGCAGCGUAUCGUUGGGGUCAUUCGGCCGUUCGAAACGAUCUCCUCGUACGAGACUUCUACGGUCGAACGUACAAGGAACCAUUCCAAAACGCCUUUUUCAAUACCAAGCUUUUCGAAACAGUUGGAGUUGAAAAAUGGUUGCUUGGAGCGAUGCAUAGUCGAGCUAUGGAUGUAGACUUGGAGCAUGUAGAUUCCAUUCGCGACUUUCUGUUCAGUCCAAAGAAGCGAGGGACGCUAGACUUGGUGGCGCUCAACAUUCAGAGGGGCCGAGAUCAUGAGUUACCGUCCUACUUGGCAGCGCGGAAGCUCUAUGGUUUGAGUGGUGGUCUAGAAGAUAUUCCCAAGAACCUGCAGGAGCGCAUCCUGGCAGUUUACAGGAAACCUCAUCACAUUGAUGCGUUCGUGGGUGGGUUGGCUGAACGCAAGGUCCACGAAUCCUUGCUCGGUCCAUUGCUUCAUAAGAUUGUCGUUGACCAAUUUCUGAGGCUGAGGGAUGGUGAUCGAUUCUUUUAUUCAAACAUGAAAUGGGGCAAGUUUAUGAGCGGUCUGGAUAUAGUGAAACAAAUUCAGAUGCAUGAGGUGCGGCUUGCAGAUGUCAUUCAAUUGAACACACGAAUCAAGGAAUCGCACAUGCCGUCGAAAGAUGGUGCUAUGAAGGUUGCAGCAUAGUGGGCGUGUAGUAGUAUCGUGUAGAGCGUUUCACACUGCGAAUAUAAAUGUCACGUGAAAGUUCGUUUGGUCCUA